GCACGAGACCGGCGCUCGCAGUCGGGCAUUUGGCACCAGCCAGGCAGGAAGAGUAAGGCUUUGCGAAGAGGAAGAGGAGGAGGAGGAAGACUUUGGGAGGACAGCCGCUCUCUUUCGGGUCGGGCACCUAGCAUUUGGAAGGCUUGCAUCUCCCCUGGCGUUGGCUCUCUGAGGGAAUCUCGCUCACCCCGCGGAUCCUGGUGUUUCUCUUCUCCUAGAUCAACCCAACCAUUCUGCCAAGAUGCUCCUCUUGUUGUUGGUAAUCAUUGUGCUCCAUGUCGCCGUGCUUGUCCUUCUCUUCGUUUCUACAAUUGUCAGCCAAUGGCUUGUAGGAAGUGGUCACGUGGCAGAUCUUUGGCAGAACUGCACCACACAGAUGGCCCUGAGUUCAUUUCAUUGUAACACAUCAUCUCCAAAUGAAUGGCUGCAGUCUGUCCAAGCCUUGAUGAUCCUUUCCAUCAUCUUCAGUGUUUUGUCUCUGUUCCUGUUCUUCUGCCAACUGUUCACUCUCACUAAGGGUGGACGAUUCUACCUUACUGGCAUUUUCCAGAUCCUUGCUGGCCUAUGCGUGAUGAGUGGAGCUGCCAUCUACACAGUGAGGUAUCAAGAUUGGCAGCCUCAAACACAGAACAUCUCUUACGGCUUCACAUACUUCCUGUCCUGGGUGGCCUUCCCACUGGCUGUCGUCAGUGGGGUGAUCUAUGUCAUCUUGAGGAAGCGUGAAUGAAGUGUUGGAGUUGAAGCCACUGAACCCAGCGGCACUUGGGACAAGGGGGCACUGAGAAGAUAGAAAAUGGAAGUAGAAACAAGAAGGAAGUUAACCAAAAAGAACAAAAAAAAAAGCCACCACACCAGACGCAUCAAAUCCAUCCCUUCAAUCACCCACACCCCACCCACCCAUAUCCACAUCCACAUCCACCCUAAACCCAAUGAGGAAGUAAGGAAGGAAAGAAAAAACCAAACUGAAAGAAGGGUUACUGUGUUUAUUGAAGAUGUAUAUAGUAUCUAUGGUUUAAAAAAACCUAUUUAUAACACUUUUUACAUAUAUGUACAUAGUACUGUUUGCUUUUGUUUGUUGACCUGCCGCCAUGUUUAAAGCCUAAAGAAAGUGCCUAAGAACUUUUAAAUUCUAACAAUUUAAUUAAGGUCUUGCGUUCUACCCAACCACCCAACACAUACACAUGCACCACCCCUUCUGCCACAUAAGCUGAUGGACCCCUCCUCCAAAGUUUUCCACUUUGAACCCUAAGCCAAAUACAGAUGGGUGGCAGAAAAAAUAUGAUGCGGCAUGCAUUGCACUGAUGUUAGCCAGUACUCUUGAAUACCCACAUUAGGUUGCCCAUGGCGAUGACAAAAUGUAGAAAGGAGAAGGAUGUCUAUCAAAACAAGAUACAGUAUAAAGCUUCUAAUUCUCUUGGCAUGAUGACCAAGAUGGUGUUAAAUAUGUAAAGUGCAGUUCCAUCUGUGCAUCUUAAGGCUGGAUACUGUUGCUGCCGAUUCCCUGUGUAAAAUCCCCUUUGUGCUCCUUAGAGGAGCAGCAACAUUUGUUAAUCACCAGUCUUUCUCAGAAGUCAAUACCUGGAAGCUCUAAAGCUCAUUUGCAUAUGGUGAAUGGUUCCUGACUGAUGUUCACACUUUUUUUUAAAAUGGCCAAGGUCAUUUUAAGCUGAAGCUAAGGAAGAAGGAAGAAACACUUAGGUGGGAUGAGGGAAAAGAAGUUUGUCUAAUUGGUUUAUAUAACAAACCAAGAAUUCAUGCAGUUGGGAAAUGGUAGCCAAAAGCCUUUAUAAAAAGAGUUUCUCCUUACGUUCCUUGAAAAUAAGCUAAAGUAGAAUAAACGAAUGAAGCCUUCUUUGUUCCUCACUUACACUUUCCUGCUCCCCCUUUCUAGUCCUUCUCCCCCUUCCCUCAACACAAUAGAAUACCAAAUCUGUGAAAUGGUGCUAUCUGUUUACCAUUCCUUGUAUUGCUAAGCCAUUUAACCUUUACUCACUGGAAAGUCAAAUAAUGAUUUUGAAAUAAACCAAGGAAUAGGAAUGAUAAAUAAUUCUGUGUAAUAUAUAUAUAGCUUAUAACUGCUUUUGUACUUAGGAAAGUUGCUAUCGAUAUUAUUACUAUUAUUUUUUUAACAAAGCAUUUAUAACCAAGGUAUUUCUCUCUACCCCUUCACCCUUCCUCUUCUCACAGACAGGAGGGAAGUAACCAAACCUUCUAGACCCCUAUAGGAUUCUACCCCAAUGCUCUGUAAACCUUUUCUGUGCUUCCAGAAGUGUGUCUGGCAAUGAAAUGUACUGGCAGCCGCAUAUUAGAUGUGCAAGCGGUGCCUUCUGAUGCUAAGACUCCAGACAUUAUUAUGCAAUUAUUUUGCUUUGCUUUUCUGAUUUUAUACCAACUGUGUGGACUAAGAAGCAACAAAAUAAAAUCCAGAAUAACUCCAA